AUGGAUUAUUUGAGGACCCUGGGUUCUGCAGCAGUUUCUUCGCUCGUACAGAAAUCUGGUCUGAGUCUACCGUUCUCCUUGGGUGCUAGGGUCACCGCAUACGACAACCAUUCUAUCUGGGCACUGUAUGAAGGUAGUAAAAGGGACGAUGGUUCGCCCAUAUCUAUUUUCGAAUUUGAUGCAAACACGCCGGCGAAGAAGAAUAUUCUGCCAUUAGCUAAAAAUGCGCUUCGGAAGCUCCGGACGGUUCGCCAUCCGGACGUCCUCAGAUUCAUGGAUGCGGUCGAAACGGAUACUACCAUUUACAUUAUGACGGAACGAAUCCAACCGCUCGCUUCUGCAGUGUCACAAUGGUCUUCCAAGGGUGCGCAAGAGAAAGAGGACUGGCUGAUCUGGGGUCUCCAUCGAAUAUCGGUAGCACUGGCUUUUGUGAACGAUUCAUGUGCAUCAACGCAUGGGAAUGUCCGAAUGGAUUCAAUUUUCAUUACAACCUCCGGCGAGUGGAAGUUGGGUGGGUUCGAAGUGCUGAGCAACCCCAAGGAGGAUGGCGCCAUACUCUAUAGCAUGGGUAGUAUGCUGCCUGACGCCUCCACUUAUGCGUCACCGGAAGUCAAAAAGGCCGGGUGGUCCAUCUUGAAAGAGCACUCCCCGCCGGCGGCGGACGCAUAUGCUCUUGGUCUCCUCAUCCACUCCGUGUUCAAUCCAUCGCUCCCCAUUCCUGCUACGGCACAGCCUCCUCAUCCACCUCCAACAGCGUCCUCGCGCGGUUCUAUCCCUAGUGCCCUUUUCUCAUCAUUUAAAAGACUUCUCAAUCCCAACCCCAAGGCACGCCUCACCCCGAAGACGUUCUUGGAACUUGGGAUGGCAGAAACCGCUGGAGAUGGCUCUGGUUUCUUUGCCAACAACCGUUUAGUGAAGGUUUGUGCUGGAUUGGACAAUUUUAGCUUGGGAAAUGAGAGCGAGAAGACGUUACUCCUACGGACCCUGAAAGAAUCGUCGUCUUCGUUUCCGUCUGAAUUCAUCUCCUAUCGGGUACUCCCAUCCUUAUUGUCCGCUCUACAGUUCGGUGGCGCCUCUGCCCCAGCCAUCCUUCCUCUGGUUCUGCAGCUGGGAAAGAGUGUUGCCCCUGCAGAUUAUCCGACCGUGAUAUUGGCGCAUUUGGUUCAACUCUUCGCAAGUCCUGAUCGCGGCACGAGGCUCGCUCUACUUGAUCACCUACCAGAUUAUGCUGACAAGCUGGACAAGAAGACUGUAGUGGACAAGAUGUGGCCGCAUUUGCAAACUGGAUUUUCGGAUACUGUGGCCAUCAUCCGGGAAGCUACAGUGAAAUCCAUCAUUUUAUUGUCGGAUAAGUUCAACGAUCGUAUACUGAACAACGAUCUUUUGAGAUUCCUCGCUAAGAUGCAGGGUGACCCUGAGGCAUCCAUUCGUACGAAUACUUGCAUCCUCAUAGGCCGACUCGGGCCGUCGUUGGGAUAUAAUACGAAACGUAAAGUGCUUGUCCCGGCGUUUACGCGUGCUCUGAAGGACCCUUUUGUUCACGCGCGAGUUGCUGGUCUGAUGGCCUUCAUGGCCACAAUCGAUUGCUUCGAUAUGGAGGAUCUAGCCACUAAGGUUAUACCUAACAUGGCUUUUGCCAUGAUAGACAAGGAGAAGCUGGUACGAGAUCAAGCUUUCAAGGCCAUGGAAUUAUUUGUCAAGAAGCUAGAAGAGCACGCUGCCGCGAUGCCAGAAACUGUUGAAUCAGAGAACGAUCCCACAGCUCUGGGCUUCCUUCCCGCCAAUGUCCCCGGCUCUAGCACACUUGUAAACAGUGCAGCAGGUGCUGCUGGGGCGCUUGCCGGCUGGGCUAUAUCCUCGCUAGGGAGGAAGCUCGCUGCGGCUGAUCUACAGAGUACCAUGGACGGUGCAGAACGAUCAGGUUUGGCCCCUCCAGCUGCGGUAGCAAACUCCGUAGAUGGGUCAGAUAGUCGUCCAUCAUCUCGACUGGGGACUACACUUUCGUCCCCGGCUGCACCUGUCCGUGCCGUGGAUUCUGCAGGAAAGACGAAGAGUAUGCAGUUAGGAGCAAACAAAGUACCUGCCAGCUUGUCUGCGAACAAGGCGACGUCAGACUGGGCCCAGGAAGCUGCCGCAGAGGCUGAUACCCCUAGAAACCCUUGGGGCAACGACGAUUUGAUUGAUGUCAACGCAGAUCAAGAUGAUUGGAGUGCAUUCGAGAGUGCGCCAGUACCAAUAGUAGGUCUGGGAUUCAGCGACGUGCUCGAUCAGAACAGUCCCGCUCUGCAUUAUUCUAGCGACGACCCAUGGGCAAGCCCGAGUCCCUCAGGAGCAAAACUACCAUCUAACGGCUGGGGUGCAUCAUCGAAAUCUCCUACAUUACCUAUUCAUCAACCAGUGGGAAUACGGGCAGGCAUGACACGGUCACCUCCCACAAACAAUAGGUUGUCAACCAUGUCGAAUAUGACGAGAUCCCCGACACCCUCUGACAGUGGUAGAGCGAGUCCUGCUGUUCAUGACAGACCCAUGAGUGGUGCAGCGACCCCACAGUCAAGCACGGCAGGAAUGACGAAGGAAGAGAAAGCCGCAGAAAUGGCACGUAGAAAGGAAGAGAGAAAACAACGCAUAGCUGCGUUGAAGGAGCAAAAGAAGAACGCUGGGGCAUCUAAGGCAUGA